AUGAGAGCCCUUGGCCAUUGUCCCCUCUGCUGUCCCUGUGGGGCUGGGGGUCUCUGUGCCCCCCAUCCUGCACCUGGGUGUCCUGGGGGGGACAGAGAUGCCAGAAUUUGGGAUUGGAGGUGGGGGACAGCCCUGGAGAGGAGCCUGUGGGAUGUGAGGGUGUGGGGAAGUGCAGAAGGUGGGGAGGAAGAGGGAGGAGCAGGAGUUGGAGCAGGGCAGGGAGCAGGGAGGGACCUGAGGGGACUCUGGGUGACCAGAGAGGAGCUCCAGGUGACCAGAGAGGCUCCAGGUGACCAGAGGGGGGCUCCAGGUGACCAGAGAGGAGUCCAGGUGACCAGAAAGGGGCUCCAGGUGACCAGAGUGGGGCUCCAGGUGACCAGAAAGGGGCUCCAGGUGACCAGAGAGGCUCCAGGUGACCAGAGAAGAGUCCAGGUGACCAGAGAGGGGCUCCAGGUGACCAGGGAAGGGCUCCAGGUGACCAGAGAGGCUCCAGGUGACCAGAAAGGGGCUCCAGGUGACCAGAGGGGCUCCAGGUGUUAUCCAGGUGACCAGAAAGGGGCUCCAGGUGACCAGAGAGGAGUCCAGGUGACCAGAGGGGGGCUCCAGGUGACCAGAGGAGCUCCAGGUGACCAGAGAGGAGUCCAGGUGACCAGAGGGGCUGCAGGUGUUAUCCAGGUGACCAGAGGGGCUCCAGGUGUUAUCCAGGUGACCAGAGGGGCUCCAGGUGACCAGAGGGGCUCCAGAUGUUAUCCAGGUGACCAGAGGGGCUCCAGGUGUUAUCCAGGUGACCAGAGGGGCUGCAGGUGCUCACCUGGAGAAGAGAAGGCUCCAGUGGCUCUGAGCUGCAGCUCUGGGGAUGCUCACAGGAGGCCUUGGCACCCUUUGUGUGCUGCCACCAGUGCCUGGAACGAGGACUGUCCCCAGCAGGGGACCUGGGCUGUGGGACAGCCACGGAUCUGUGCCCUCCAGAGGGGCUGGGGCUGCUCCAGGGCAGCAAAUCCACGGGAAAUUGGGAUUCUUGUGGCUUUAGGGUGUCCUGGCCACUGCCCAGCACGAGAUGUCUCCCCUGGCUGUGAGUAAACAGUUGUGGAUUAUAAUUACUUUUUUUUUUUUAAUAUUUUUUGGGAGUUUUGUUUGUUUUUCUUGUUUUUUUUUUUUUUUUUUUUUUUUUUUUAAUGCACUGUGCUCUGAUUAAAAAAUUUUACUACUGUUUUAUAAAUAAAUGUAUAAAAGAAUGAACUGGAAUGGAA